UGAAAAUAUUCCGAGUUUCAGAAAUAUUUACAGCCGGGGAGACGAAGCGGCCUGCGGCGGAGAGCGACCGGGACAGUCCGCGGAUUCUUCGGCUUCUAUUUGGGUUUGAAGAAUAAACACCGAAGUUAAUCAACCGAAGACGGAUUUAUUCAUAGCAGAUCAAAUCUGCUACUUUUACAAGGUGUUCUGACUGAAUGAGGACCUGUGAUUCUCCACCAUGUCAAAACCUCCUAGUCUAGUUCUCUAAAACUUGAAUGGUGCUUACACACACCGGCGAGCCAGCGAGCGCUCCUGAAUUCCUGAUUUGUAACAGAUCCGGUUUUCUACCCAGUCGUCGCCUCUUCGAGCCGUCAAGAUAAGUUCCUCGCUGCCCCCCCACCUGUCGCAUCGCGGCCAGUCCAGCAACCCCUUCCCCCAGGAUUCACACGGCAAAAGGACCCACUACACCGCCAAGCUGAAUCCGUACACUCGGGCGCGGAUGACCGAGGCGUGGCAGCAUGCUGUUGCCCCGCCUCCAGUUGUCCAUACCAUCCCGCAGGGGGCAGAAAAUUCACUCGGCUGUGCCGUUUACGGUAUUGUGUUGCAGCCAGAUGGCGCUCUACAGUCGCAGCAACAGCAGCAGCAGCAGCAGCAACAACAUCACAGCCAGCAACAACAGCAGCAGCACCCGGCUCAGGCCCAGCAGCCGUCACUUCAGGUCGUAUCCGAAGGAGGGCAUAAGUGCGGAGCCUGUGGCCAUGACAUCUCUCACCUGGCCAAUCCCCACGAGCACCAGUGCAUGGUGAGUCAGGAUCGGUCGUUCCAGUGCACGCAGUGCCUCAAGAUCUUUCACCAAGCCACGGACCUUCUGGAGCAUCAGUGUGUCCAGGUGGAGCAGAAACCAUUUGUUUGUGGUGUUUGCAAGAUGGGUUUCUCUCUGCUGACAUCCCUGGCGCAACAUCACAACUCUCACAACAGCGGAAAUCCCAUGAAGUGCUCCAUCUGUGAGAAGACCUACCGACCCGGAUCGUCUGGAAACGCCACUCCGACGCAGUCAGGAAGCACCAACCAGUCACAGCCGUCCAACGAUGGCGCAUCGGCAAGCAGCAGCGCGGCAGUCGGGGCAUCCGGGCAGCCCACCUUCGAGUCGUCUGCCCCGUACAGGCCGUACAAGUGCUCCGUGUGCUCGAAAGGCUUUCGGCAUUUAUCGGAGCUAACGAGGCACGAGCGCGUGCACACGGGCGAAAAGCCGUUUAAGUGCGAGACCUGUGACAAGAGCUUCAGCCAGCAGUCGCACCUGCAGCACCACCAGCGCACGCACAGUUCGGAGCGGCCGUUCAAGUGCGCCGUGUGCGAGAAGAGCUUCAAGCACCGCUCGCACCUCGUGCGUCACAUGUACGCUCACUCGGGCGAGCACCUGUUCAAGUGCAACGUCUGCGAGCUCCACUUUAAGGAGUCGUCCGAGCUGCUGCACCACCAGUGCCAGCCGCAGGGAGCGCGCCCGUUCCGCUGUGCGACGUGCGGCAAGGGCUUCAAGCGGCCGUCCGACCUGCGGCAGCACGAGCGCACGCACUCGGAGGAGCGACCGUACCACUGCGACGACUGCCAGAUGAGCUUCAAGCAGCAGUACGCUCUCGUGCGACACCGCCGCACGCACACGGCUCCUGGAGAUCGUCCGUUCAAGUGCAACCUGUGCGACAAGGGCUUCCUGCAGCCGUCACACUUGCUCUAUCACCAGCACGUCCACGGCAUGGACAACCUGUUCAAGUGCGCGUCCUGUGGCAAGGGCUUCAGCCAGUCGGGUGAACUCCUGCGCCACAAGUGUGGCGAGCCCUCCAGCACGCCACCCAACCCGGACAAGCCGUAUAAGUGUGACGUCUGCGGAAAGGCCUACAAAAAGGCCGCCACGCUGCAGCGCCACCAGACCACGCACUGCAACGACAAGCCUCUGAAGUGCUCCCUGUGCGACCGGCGCUUCUUAUCGUCAUCCGAGUUUGUCCAGCACCGCUGUGACCCGUCGCGAGAGAAACCGCUCAAGUGCCCAGACUGUGAGAAGCGAUUCAAAUAUUCCUCGGAGAUGAACCGCCAUCGACGUGUCCACACUGGCGAAAAGCCCUACAAGUGUGCCAGCUGCGAUAAGGGCUUCAAGCAGCGGGAGCACCUCGCCAAGCACCAGAGCGUGCACUCCAGGGACGCGCAGUUUAAGUGCGUCUGGUGUGGAGAGCGCUUUGCCGAUCUCGGCACGCUACAGGAGCACACGGUCCAGCACACGGCCGAAGGAAGUGGAUAUCCUGUCAAUUCUCUUAUCCAGUAACCGUUUGUUUCUUGUUUGUUCUGCCAAAAUGUUCCAAAUGCUCCUGUAUGUCGAUCUGCAUCUGAUUUUGGACAAGCAAUACUUGCAGGUGCUGAAUAUUGGAGGCAGUUUUUUUCUUCCAGUUUUGAUCUAAGUGCUGAUUGUUAAAAUGAAGUCAAAGCGAACUCUGAAAUCGUGUACAAAAUGUGACGGUGAAGGAACGGUUCUACUGUACUUUUUGCUAGUAGAGACUUUACACUCUCAUUUUUUUGAACCAUGUUAGAUUACUCAUUUUUUAUCUCUGUACUAUGAAAAAGGAAGAAAAAAAAUACAGUUGAUUGCUGCU